AUGUAUCUUUGUAAUUAUAUGGCCGUUAUUGUUUUAGCUAUCCUUUCUCUCCCAACCCUUUGCCUUGUUGAUGCUCAAAAUGGUGGUUUCAGUGUCGAAUUAAUCCACCGUGACUCCAUUAGAUCCCCCUUUUACAAUCCUUCGGAAACCACCUCUGUUCGUGUCACCAAUGCCUUGCGUCGUUCCUUCGAUCGUGUUAAUCACUUCAAGCUGAGUUCUGUCACAACAAAGGCAGUAGAAGCUGAACUCAUUGCGAAUUCGGGUGAAUAUCUGAUGAAUAUAUCAGUUGGCAGCCCAGGUUUUGAUGUUGUUGCAAUAGCUGAUACAGGAAGUGAUCUUAUUUGGACUCAAUGCAAGCCUUGUUCUCAGUGUUUCAAGCAAGAAGCUCCACUUUUCGACCCUAGUAAAUCAUCUACUUACAGAAAGCUUUCUUGCAAUGCAAGUCAAUGUAACAGCCUCCAAGGGAGCUCUUGUUCUACUGAUAAUACUUGCCAAUAUUCAGUCUCUUACGGCGAUACAUCUUUUUCAAAUGGUGAUCUUGCUGCCGAUACACUCACCUUGGCUUCGACAACCGGUCAGCCCAUGGCUGUUCCUAAAACAGUCAUCGGUUGUGGACACAACAAUGACGGAACGUUCAAUGAGAAAACCUCUGGCAUUAUCGGCCUCGGAGGUGGUGAAGUUUCACUUAUUUCCCAACUGGGAGCUUCCAUUGCAGGCAAAUUCUCCUAUUGCUUGUUGCCAAUUUCUGAAACAGGAAAUUCCAGCAGACUGAACUUUGGUUCCAAUGCAGUAGUUUCAGGAACUGGAGUUGUUUCGACUCCAUUGGUUAAAAGUUCCCCCGACUCUUUCUACUACUUAACCCUUGAGGCCAUCAGUGUUGGAACCAAGAGAAUCGAGUUCACAGGCUAUUCUACCGGUUCACAUGAAGGCAACAUGAUCAUUGAUUCAGGCACUACUUUGACGUUGCUUCCAUCAGAUUUUUACUUGGAACUUGAGUCAGCCGUGGAUAGCCAUAUUAAUGCCACAAAGGUUGAAGGACCUCAGGGUCUGAGUUUAUGCUAUGAAGCUCAAAACGACAUUGAAUUUCCUGAUGUUACUGUACAUAUCACUGAUGCCGAUGUGAAGUUGAAGCCAUUGAAUACCUUCGUUCUGGUUUCUGAUAAAACUAUAUGCUUGGCUUUCAGUUCCAUACAAGAUUUUGCAAUCUAUGGAAACAUAGCACAGAUGAAUUUCUUGAUUGGAUAUGAUAUUGGGAAGCAGACGAUCACGUUUAAGCCAACUGAUUGCUCCAACAACUAG